UUCGUUUACUAUCAUCAUUAUAGAUGUAACUUCUCACAGAUGAGAUAAUUAUUAAUAUUUUCUCAAUAUUUUCUCAAUAUCAAUAUGGAAGCAUUAGCAGCGUUUGGCCUGGCCGCUAAUAUUGCGCAGUUCGUCGUUAUCGCUGGACAGACCAUUGAAAAAACAGUAUAUCUUUCCACUAAGCAACAAAGCCUGUUGGCUGAAAAUGCAGACCUUGAAAGAAUAGUCCAGGAAUUCGUCGGCGCGGUUCCGAUGAUACAGCGAUUAGACUCAGAUAUUGUUGAAAACGACCCGAAACUCAAGAUACUAGCAGAGGACGGAAAACGCAUAGCAGACGAGAUCCAGCAAAAGUUUGACAGUAUCAAGGCUCGAAGGUCCAAACGGAGGCGCUCCGAGCGCUUAUUUGCGACCUUAAAGGAGUUAAGAAUGAAAGACGAACUGGAUUCAUUAAGCAGUCGACUCGCAGCUUUCCGAAGCGAGAUUACGCUACAUAUCAGCUUAAAACUCCUGGAUCACCAAGAGCAGAUAAGGCACAACUUAAAUGGAUAUACUGAGAGCAAUCAUGCUUAUAAAAAUCGCAUUGAAGCCCAGUUAGGAGAGCUCACCGAGAAGAUAGACAGUCUCACAUUUACCGAGUCUCUCGAUGAAGGGGACGAGAAAGUCUGGAGAGGUACCUCGAAGCAGCUCGGAGAGCUUGUAAGAGGUUUUAAGUCUUGGUAUCCCCAGAUUCUAGACUUCCAGAAAACUCAGAGGAUCAUCAACAGCCUCGAGUUUGACCAGAUUGAAGAGCGUCGAAACGCUAUUCAAGAUGCACACAAAAAUACUUAUAAAUGGGUUUUUGAUGGCGACGUUGCUAAUCUGAAGUCUUGGCUUACCACGGAAGACGCUCCCAUAUAUUGGAUAACUGGAAAAGCUGGCUCCGGAAAAUCAACACUAAUGAAAUACAUCCGCGAACAUCCCCGACUAUCUGCUCGACUCAGAACCUGGGCUGGGAGUCGAAAACUCUACGUCGCGUGCCAUUUCUUCUGGAGCGCGGGCACUCCGAUGCAGCAGUCCCAAGAAGGGCUACUUCGCACAUUGCUUUUUCAGGUUUUGCUCGAGUGCCCGAAUAUAGUUUCUCAGGUAUUUCCUGAGAAAUAUGAAAGGCCACUACGUUAUUGGGAAGUCUCUAGAGGGCUUAGGUGGACAACGAAGGAGCUUCUUGACGCGUUGAUUUUACUCCCAUCAGUUAUAAGCCCGGACUGUCUGUUCAUCUUCAUCGACGGCCUAGAUGAAUAUAGCGGGGAGCAUGAUUCGCUGCUAGAAAUAAUCAAGUCCCUUGGUAAGGUGCGGAACAUCAAGCUAUGCGUUGCUAGCCGUCCCUGGGUUGACUUCAUCGACGCUUUCCAAGAUAGUCCCUGGAAGUUAUAUCUACAGGAUCUAACGAUGUCUGAUAUCGAGACGUACGUUCGUGAUCAUCUAGAAUCUCAUUCUCGAUUCAAGCAACUGAGCAUCCGGGACGAAGAUGCUGCCCGGGGUCUUGUAGACAACAUCACUACAAGAGCCCAGGGGGUGUUUCUAUGGGUUUAUCUAGUCGUAAAAUCCAUGAUUAGAGGCCUUAUUAAUGCAGACAGUAUGAAAGACUUACACCGCAGACUGGAUGACUUGCCUCGGCGAUUAGAAGACUUUUUCGACCGAAUACUGGCUUCUAUUGACGAUUUCUACAAAACCCGAACAGCCCGAGUGUUUCUGGUGUUGGCCCAUGCUCGGACUCCUAUCACACUCAUUUCCUUCUACUUUCUUGACCGUGAAGAAGGACUACCUUUCGAUCCGGAGUCAUUCCUCUUGGAAUGGCCAGCGGUGAGCGAGACAGAGCUGGAAGUGAUAACGACAAAGAAAAGACAGUUAAUCGCGCAAUGCAAGGAUUUAAUACAAAUCAACGAGCGACCAAAGGAUCCCAUUAUGUUCAACUUCACCGCUAGCUUCCUGCAUCGUACGGUUAUAGACUUUAUCAGUCAGCCGCGGAUCCAUGAAAAUCUCGUUGAGGCCGCCGGAGUAGGUUUCAGUCCCAUAACGACACUUUUUGAGACCAAUGCUAGACAGUUCGAAUCCUUAAUCCACCUACUCCCAAGGGUAUAUCUGAAGCCUUACCUGCGAAAUUGGUACCUGGCUUCUAUUUAUUACGCUCGCGAGAUAGAGGUGUCCCUCGGUAUAUCAGAAACGCAACAGCUAGAUCAGAUAAACGAAUCACUCAUCAGCUAUUUGGGAGCGAGGGGCAUGACAACUUAUUCCUUCAACGAAGCACUUUCUAAACUCUUUGACGGCGAAAAUAGUUUUGAGACCAUUCCACCCCAUGAAUAUUUCUUUAACCUUGCAGUUCAUUGUGGGUUGCGCCUCUAUGUUAGCGACAAAGAACAGAGAGCGGAUACCCUACUCCUGUCACUUAAGCCGACACUAUGUAUCGAACAAUCUUCAGGCUUUUUAAUCGAGCGAGUCCCUGAUGAGUUACAAUCGCGACCGCGCCUAACUACCAUCCCGGGUAGACAGCCCUACAGUAACACUUACCACAUGUUUACUGCAGUAGAGGAAGAAUUGUAUUAUUACCAACUGAAGAUGGCACGGCCGAUAGAGCCGGUGAGAUGGAUAGAUCGGGAGUCUGAAGUAUCAGAGCACAGAAUGACGCCAGUUUCCGUGCCGCAGAAAGAAUCCAAGACAAGGGGUUUCAAACGGCUAUUGCUGAAGUUACGACGCUAAACGAAACACUCCACGUACAUUUCCUUAUUGGCUCUAUAUUACUCUUGCCCCUAAUUGGAGCAUAUCGAGGUUUGCGUACUUACUGUAAGUUACAACUAGCUGGAAAGUUAUUAGUAUUUUCAAGUAUAAUAGCGGGGGUAUAGCGGGGGUCUCGGAAUUAGGAUGAAGAAACAUCCUAUUCAUUGAAGGGCUUUGGAUAUAUGUCAGCAUCUAUGACGGAUUCAUCUCAUUCACAGCGUUAGUAUUCCAACAUUUUCAGUA